AUGCCGUUCUCCCACCACAGCCACUCAGGGCAAUUCUGCCCUGGACAUGCCGUGAACACGUUGGAGGAGGUUGUUCAGACUGCCAUCACCAAAGGGUUGCGCGUAUUUGCUCUGACAGAACACAUGCCCAGGCAUGAGAUUGACUUCUAUCCAGAAGAGAAAGAUGGCAAUUACAGUCUCGAAAAGCACUACGCAAAUGAAAGCGCUUAUUACGCUGAGGCAAGUCGGCUACGAGACAAGUACAAAGGCCGCAUCGAAUUGCCGAUUGGCUUCGAAAGCGACUGGAUCCGUCCAGAAUCCCGGGAUCUCAUCGAGCGGAGCAUCAGCGGUCAUUCAUUCGACUUCUUCGUCGGCUCUGUCCACCAUGUUCAUACCAUUCCUAUCGACUACGACCAGGGCAUGUAUGAUCAGGCGAGGGAGAAAGCUGGCGGAUCAGACGAGCUCUUAUUCCAAGAUUACUUCGAUGCGCAACUCGAUAUGAUGCGAGCAGUGAAGCCUCCGGUGAUAGGGCAUUUCGAUCUCAUUCGCCUCAAGAGCGAGGAUCCCAACAGCACCUUCACCAAGAUGUCCGGGGUCUGGGGUCGAAUUGAGCGAAACCUGGAUUUUAUCGCUGCCUAUGGUGGAGUCUUAGAGGUCAAUACCGCAGCUCUACGCAAAGGCAUGCGCGAACCAUAUCCGGGUCGAGCCAUAUGUCAGCUUGCAUUAAGCAAAGGCAUUCGUUUCUGCUUGUCCGAUGACAGCCAUGGUAUCGACCAUGUGGCGUAUGGCUUCGUCGAGGCCAUCGAAUUCGUCAAAUCUUGCGGUAUCACCCACCUAUGUUAUGUCAAACAUGUUGACAGUCCGGCGAAAACAGUCGACCACAGGUUCGCAAAUAUGGAGUUCGGUAUAGCCGCCCUGUCUGAUCUACGAGAUUCGUGA